AUGCGCUGGGCCCGGGCCGCCGCGCUGGCCCUCCUCUGCGCCCAGCUCGCGCUGCCCGGGGGCGUCGCCGCCCGCAGGGAGCCCACGAGGCCGCGGCCGCCCGGCCGGCGCACGGAGCCCCCCAGCGCCACCGAUCCCACCCGCGAGGGGCCGCCGGCCUCCCCCAAGGUACUGCCGGGCACCCUGGCCAGCGGCCCUGGGGGCUCAGGCCGCGCGGGGCCCUUCCUCCCGCGCCCCGUCCGGGCUGGCUCUCCAGGCGCCUGUCCUGUCCUGCGGCGGCACUUGGGGCAGGAUCCCGGGCCUGGGGCGGGAACCUGUGGGCUGGGGCGGGACCCGGUGGGGGCAGGGGCUCCCGCCACCCCCGAGACCUGCUGCCCUUCGAAGGGCGUCUCCGCCGCCAGCCCGGCUGCUCGCAGCCCACGCAGCCCCACCGCAGCCGGCGGCCCCUUUCUCCAGCUGUGCAGGCUGAGGAGCCGGCCCCUGGCCCUGCUGGCCGAGGAGGACGCUGCCCGCAUGUACAGGGCACAGGGCCUGGCCGCAGGGCCCCAGCGCCGGCCGGCCUGCCGCCUGAGCGCCUCGGGGGCUUCCUGCUCACUGGCCGCCGGGCCGGCUCUGGUCUUCCGGCAAAGCCCAGGGAACCUUGCUCCUGCCGCUCCUGCCCACGCAGCCGGGCCGAGCCCCGUGGGACAGGACGAGGCAGCCGCAGAGUGGCCCGGCCUGCGCGUGCUGGGGGCGCCUGGGGCGCCCCCACCCCACACGGGGGCCUGGGCUUCCGGGGCGACUGCCGCGCCGCCUGCGGCCCCCGGGCCCGAGCUCUCGGACGCCCACGCGACGUGGCUGAACUUCGUGCGGCGGCCGGACACCGGCGUUCUGAGGAAGGGCUGCCGCGGCCGGGCCAAGACGUCGCGAGGUCUCCUGGGGCCCCCGGGGCCUCCCGGCCCCCCCGGGCCCCCCGGGCCCGGUGCUGUGGUGACCCCGGAGGCCUUGCUGCACGAGUUCCGGCAGAUGCUGACAGAGGCCACCGAGCGUCGGCUCUCAGGGCUGCUGGUCCCGCUGCUGCCCGAGGGGCCGGCCGGGCGGCUGCUGGCGGAGGCCUUCCACUGCCGCCUCAAGGGCCCGGUGCUGGUGGGCAAGAGGACACUAGCCGAGCUGCAGGGCUUCCAGGCCCCCACAGCCCAGGGCGCCUUCCUGCGAGGGUCCGGCCUGAGCCUGGCCUCAGGCCGCUUCACCGCUCCGGUGACUGCCAUCUUCCACUUCUCUGCCAGCUUGCACCUGGGUCUCGGGGAGCGGCCGCGUGGCCGGCGGCGGGCAUGGGGCGCCGUGCGGCUGCUGGUCUGCAUCGAGUCGCUGUGCCACCGCCAUGCGUCCCUGGAGGCCGUCUCAGGGCUGGAGAGCCGUGGCGGGGUGUCCACGGCGCAGGUGCAGGGGCUGCUGCAGCUGCAGGCGGGCCAGUACGUCUCUGUGUUUGUGGACAACGGCUCCGGGGUGGCCCUCACCGUCCACAGCGGCUCCAGCUUCUCCGGCCUGCUCCUGGGCACCUGAGAGGGGAGCAGAGGCCUCGAGGCCACGGCGUGACACAGCCCCGCUGCCCUUGAACCUGUGUUUGCCGCAAUAAAGCGCAGGA